CUGUCUCCUGCCUGUUAGCUUGUGUUGGAAAGCUUACGUUUACUGAGCCGUACAUUUAUAAGAUGCGGGCUAGCUGUUAAGGCAACAGUGCAUAUGAAAAUAUGUAGCAGCUGCGAAGUAAUGUCAACUCCUCACGACUUCGUUUGUUUACUAUGAGCUCCCUAUCAGCCCAACCUCCAGCUUCAGGCUCAUCAUGCAGGACGCUACCCGGAGAAGGAAAUCAGGUGCAACCAAAGGCUCCUCUCCUGCAAAUUCUGCGAGUUGCUGGAGCCCAGGAAGAUGUCUUCACACUCAAAGAGGUGAUGCACUACUUGGGUCAAUACAUCAUGGGGAAGCAACUGUAUGACAAACAGAGGCAGCACAUAGUCCACUGCCAGGAUGAUCCUUUGGGAGAGCUGCUGGAAGUGGAGAGCUUCUCUGUGAAAAACCCAAGCCCAGUGUAUGAAAUGCUCAAGAAGUACUUGGUUGUGCUCGGUUGUGCUGACGCUGCAGAGAAUCUUUCUGUGGGCCGUGAAUGUGUUGAGGGCGGAGUGGAGGAUCGUGGUCAGAUGUGUGGAGGUGUGGUCAAAGCAGGGAUGGAGGCUGGUGGGCCUCUCCUGCAAACCCCCUCCCAGAGACGACCUCGGGAGCCAGACGAUGACUCUCUUGAAGGCCUGCCACGCUCAGCCUGCAAGCGACCCAAGCUGGACGUUACUCUGGACGAGUGGGACCUCUCUGGCCUGCCCUGGUGGUUUCUGGGUAAUCUUCGUAAUAACUACAGUCGUAGGAGCAACGGUUCCACUGACAUCCACACAAACCAAUUGUCUCCUGCACAGGAAGAGGACACGGCCAUCGUGUCGGACACCACCGAUGACCUCUGGUUCCUGACCGAGGGAGAGAGUGAACAGGUGAGCGUGGAGAUGAAGGAGGCUGCCCUGGAAGAAGGGAGUGGAGGAGACGGAGAGGCUCCUCUUGAGGAUGACGACGGAGGAGGGAAGGAGGAGAAGACAGAUCGAGAGAUGCAGGAGGAGCCAGAUGAAGACUCCCAGUGUCUGAGUGAUGACACCGACACAGAGAUCUCCACACAGGAUGCUUGGCAGUGCACAGAGUGCCGGAAAUAUAACAUACCUCUCCAGAGGUACUGUGUUCGCUGCUGGGCUCUACGUAAGAACUGGUACAAAGAUGUCCCUCGACUCGCCCAUUCCCUCUCUGUUCCUGACAUCCCAGCAUGCAGCUCUCUCAUUGCCCACGAUGAGGAAGAUGACAGCGACACAGGCAUCGAUGUCCCAGACUGCAGCAGGACGGUGUCUGAUCCUGUCAUCCUGCCUUCCCACUCCACCGCUGACAGACCCUUGCCUCCCAUGGUUAUGGGGAAAGGCAAGGGGCCUCGGCCCUCCGGCUUCCACAAGGAUGAGCAGCUCUCAGGAGGGGAGAGUCAGGAAAAUCUGGGCAUGGAGGUUGAAGACGUGAGGCCUGAGGCACUGUUAGAACCUUGCAAGCUCUGCAGAGUGCGACCACGUAAUGGAAAUAUCAUACACGGACGUACAGCUCACCUGCUCACUUGUUUCCCCUGCGCAAGGAGGCUACACAAGUUCCAGGCCCCUUGUCCAGGGUGUGGAAAAAUCAUUCAAAAAGUUAUUAAGAUAUUCAUUCUCUAAUAAGCACACACACCUAUCUGUACGCCUCUAGGGACCUAAACAACAAGAAAUACAACACAAACAUUCAAAACACAUUAAACCAUACAGUUGCAUGCUCAUAGACACUGUCUCUACACACACACACACAAACCGUGCACCUUACCUACACUUAAAAUCUACAGAGAUGUACACAAAAUAUAGCACUUGGUGAAGCUUGCUCUUGGUUGCAUGGUUUUGUUUUGUUUUUUUGCGUCACACUGCCUCUGAAGUAUUGCUAGAUAAAACCUUGGACACAAGAGUCUGUCAAACCAAAUGUUCGUGUUGGUGCCACAUUUAAAUAAGGGACAUACAAAGGCAGAAGUAUUUAUUUAUUUAUUUAAAGAUCACAUAGGAGUGCACAGUUGGUGUGAGCUUCUAUACGGUCUCAUGAAGGCUUGUUUUUUCAGGCUGUGUGAAUUUUUUCAUUGUUUAUGGGUUUCUUGCAUUGCAUAUUGUUGUGCGGUGGCAUUUAAGAUGGAGUGUUUCUCCCCUUGUUGUGUUCGUUUUGUUUGAUUUUCUUUCUCCAUAGAUUCCCUUCAUUCAUCAACUGGAGAAAAAAAUGGAUAAAUCACUGCAGGUAUUGUGCAACAGAGAUUUAAGUUAUGAAGACAAGAUUGAAGGAAGAAAAAGGCAAGCACGUCUUAAAAACUAUAACUUUGUUUUCAGCAGCUGCAGAUUAUUGAAAAUGUUCUACGUUUUUCUUUUCUUUCUUUUUUUUAAAGAAGCAUGUUCUCUCAGCGUAAGUGAAUGUAUUCUAAAAUACAAAGGUGGUGGCUUAAGUCCUGUUUCUCUCUAAAUGGUAUUUUAAAAUGUAGAGUUAAAUUUAACCUGCUCGAGAAUGCACAGCUGAAGUAUUAACUGUAUUUUAUCUGGUAAUUUGACGAAGAUAUGUAUUCAAUAUUUACAAUUGCCAAUAACAGCUAAGCCUGCAGUAUGUUACGUCAUCAUUGUCAGUUCAUGUUUAAAUAUCAUCAAUCAAAAAGGAUGCUUUACAUCCGUUCCUAAACUUAGGAUGAAUGAACAAUUUCUGUAUAUUUUGUAUUUAACUUAUUUAUGAUUCAGUUUUAAUUGUGACCACCUCCUAUGAAGCAGAAAAAAGGCUGCACUUGUUACAUUGUUCUGUUGUGUGAUUUACAUUUGCAAUUUAUUAAAAGACGGAGAGACAACAGGCUGAGUUACCACACGUACCCUCAGUACUGCGCAGUACUUAUCGAGAGUUAGGGGUUUGAUUUAAGCGUUACACUGCCAUGUAAUGAUUUUGAGCUUAAAUUUGUAUAUUAUAGAUUUUAUUUUGAUGAUUCUGCGUCAUCUGAAGAUUCUAUCGCUGGACCACAUCGAUGUUAUUUCUUUUGAAUGAGCGUGUGAGCUGUCUACAAAUAAAUACAGUAUGCACUAUAUAAUUCUCACAAGUAUGAUGUCCAGUGACGGUAGGCAUUUAACUCUUGGCUCUGCUUAGUGUAGAGGGUAUAUCAUAGUUCUUUGAUCUGCUGUUUACUUGCGCUUAAUCGUUCUGCCAGCAGGUGGAGAGAAGUUUCAGUCUUGUAGCUGUUGCCCACAGAAACUGUACAGUACCAGUAAUACCAUGUAAUGCAUAUAUAGAGCAUGCCUCUUGUUGUGACUACAGCCAGCACUGAGCUGGUUUGAGAGCUAUACUAGCCAUGUAAAAGCUAUAAAACAGUAAUGUAGCCUGUUGUAUUUAUCGGCAUCGUUGUGCAACUUCGACUAGAUACAGACCUCAUGUAAAUGGCAUAAUAUGUAUUAUACCAGUGAUGCUGGUUGCGACUGACAGACUUUGUUGUGGCAAUGACUGAUAUUAUUACUAUAAUGUGCUCAAACAUGGUACAGCUAUUGUAGUUAUUUUUUUCUACUUGUCAUGGAAUAAAUAUAUAUUGUUUUGUUAAGCAAUAAAGAAUUGAGAGUUAA